CACAUCAACACAGCUGCAGCUUUCCUGUGAAUCAACUACAUUUAUCUUGAAGAAGACUGACUAACAGUGAGAGGAAAGAACAGUGAGGCAGUAUAACAGUAGUAAUUACACACUGCAGCUGCUGCUCUCACUGACUGGAGAAGAAACUCUCAGACAAUAAUCAAACGAAAAUGCUUUCACUGAUGACGGCAAGCAAGACCACGUUUGUUGUGACCAAUGGGAUGACAUCUUUUGUGAUUGACAGAUACAAACAUAAUAUGGUAAAAUUGAAUCACGAUGGGGAAGGCAGAGAAAGGCACGCCAAAAGAUUUGGCCAACAAGAUGAAGGCCAAAGGUUUGCAGAAGCUUCGUUGGUAUUGCCAGAUGUGUGAGAAGCAGUGCCGUGAUGAAAAUGGCUUCAAAUGCCACACUAUGUCUGAAAGUCACCAACGCCAACUUCUUCUCUUUGCUGAAAAUCCUGAUAAGUACUUGGAUAGCUUUUCUCAGGAAUUUCUUGAUGGUUACACUAGCCUCCUUAAACGUAGAUUUGGCACAAAGCGUGUUCAUGCCAAUAAUGUCUAUCAAGAGUAUAUUCAUGACAGACAUCAUAUACACAUGAAUGCCACACAGUGGGAAACACUAACAGAUUUUGUCAAAUGGCUAGGGCGUGAAGGUCACUGUGUGGUAGACGAGACAGAGAAAGGUUGGUAUGUGGCUUACAUUGACCGAGACCCAGAGACAAUCAGGAGACAGGAGCAAAUGAGGCGAAGGGAAAAAUUUGAAAAAGACGAGGAAGAAAGAAUGCAAGAUUUUAUUAAUAAACAAAUUGAACUAGGACGUUCAAAGUUGAGUGAUGAUGGUGAAACUCAGUAUACAGAAUUACAACGUGAUGAAGGCGAGACCAUAGCACUCAACAUAAAGCUUGGAACAAGUAAAGCAGCUAAACCAAAAUUGGAAACUAAUAUUGUGCUGAAAGCACCUUCAACUAGCAAGAUAAAGACUCAAGACAAAAUAAAAAAGGAAGUUAAAAAACGAACUGCAUUAGAUGAUAUUAUGGAAGAAGAGAUGAAAGGGAAAAAACCAAAGGAAGAAAUUUAUUCUAAAAAGCAGCUUGACGGAAAGUCUCAGUUAAAGGAAGGUCCCUGGCUAGUAAAGAAUAUUGUAGUCAAAGUAAUUACAAAAGACUUAGGAUCCAAAUACUACAAACAAAAGGGGGUGGUGCGAGAAGUCAUUGACAAAUAUGCAGGUCUCGUGAAAUUGUUAGAGUGUGGAACCAAACUGAAACUAGACCAAGCACACCUGGAAACAGUAGUCCCAUCCAUAAACAGAAAGGUGCUAAUUGUGGGAGGGCGAUAUCAGGGACAAGAGGCAGUGCUUAAAAGCAUACAAGAGGCAGAGUUUAGUGCUACUUUAGAGUUAAAAGAUGGCAAAAUUGUAGAUGUACCAUAUGAACAGUUUAGUAAAAUGUAUACUUCUUGAUUAUAAAAAGUAUGAGCUAUUAACUGAUCAAGUGGAUGGUGCCUAAACUGGUUAUGUAGAUCAUGAUUAUCCAUUUGUAUUCAUAGCAUGUUUAUCCUUUUGUAUAGCAAUAAGGAGGUUUUUAGAAAACAAAAAGUUAUGAGUUGGAUUGCUGGAUUCCAUUCAUAGUAUUAAUCAUGAUACAAUGGCAAAUAGAAGAAUCAGAAAAAGAUUAUUUGGGAUUAUAAACCCAGAGGUUUAGCAAUCUAGCAUAGCCCAGUAAGACCACUUUGGCAAAUUCCCUUUGGGGUCUUUUGAUCUCUCCAGGAUGUGAAUCACAAUAGUGAGCUAACACCCAGAUACCUACUUAUUGCUAGGUGAACAGUAGUAUGUGUGAGGAAAAGUGCUCAAUGUUUCCACUUAUGCCAGGAUUGAACACAGGUCCUUCAGAUGUAAGAAACAAGCAUUGUAAUAGUAUACAGAUUGUAAGAAAUUAACAACAGAUAUUUAGAUCCAAGAUAAAUGAGUCCAAAUGAAAGGUUGUGAGAAGGACUUGUUGAUAAAUCCUAGCAUAAUGACAAUUUUUAUAUUUUCAUAGUACUGUGCCUUGCUAGUAGCAAGAAAGACAUUUUUGAUAAAAUCAUAUUUUUUAAUGUACUGUGCUGUGGUACAGUACAUAUCACCAAAAUACUUAUAUGGUUUUGUGCAGUUAAACUAUUAUAAGCAUAAUACAUAAUUAUUAUAACUAAAAAUUUCCUCAUCAAACAUUAAUUUUUGUCUGCAUGAGUGUCUUUAGCUGGUCAUGACUAAGUUGAAGAGAAUAUAUUGUCCUUCAUAAGGAAAAAUAUGAAAUAGUAUGGAAAAUCAACAGUAGACAAAAUAUAGCAAGAUCUUGCUAAAUUUAGAUUUAAGCUAUAAAAUUUAUUUAAUUUACAUUUGUAAAUUUUUAAAUAGGCAAUGCUGAUGAAUUUAUUAAAAAAUAUUUUAAAAGUGCUGUACUAGUAAUAAACAUUGUGAAUACAAUAGUUUAUAAUUACUUGUUUUAUUUAGAUUAAAUUGAAAAUAGUGGUCUAAAAACUUUACACGACUGUUAACCCAUGUAUCUAUGGUAAACACAACAGCAUGGCAAGAGAUGGGAGUAAACCUUGUGGCAGUCAAUGGGGACUUCUUAAAUAAUAUUCUUUGAUGUACUGUAUCUUAUUGGAGGAGGAUAGGAUGAUGAAGAGGGUAUAUAUAUCUGGAGUGAAAGGUAGAAGUCAUCGCAAGAACAUUUGGAGGGGGGGGGGGGAGGUAAGUAAAGGAGGCCUUGAGUUGCAGGGGCUUGAGCAUCCAGCAGGCUUGUGUGAGCAUGUUAGAUAGGAGUGAUUGGAGAUGUGUAGUUUUUAAAGGAUGUGCUGUUGGGGUAUGAGCAGGGUAACAUUUGUGAAGGGAUCCAGGGAAACUGGUUAACCUGACUCCAAGUCCUAGAGAGAUAAAGCACAGUGCCUGCAUUAUAAAAGGAUGAGGGGAAAAGAUUAGGAUGUUGCAGUUCCGAGGGUCACUUGAACUGUGAUGGCAGCAAAAUUCUGGUAAGACACCAAUGGAAUGAAUGAUGGUGAAUGUGUUUCUUCUGUUUUUAGGCCACCCUACCUUGGUGUAA